AUGCCCGAAGGCUCAGCUGAUCCCACGUCGACAACUACACCUGUGCAUCGCUCAGUAGAACCAACAAAUCCGGAUCUGCUCCAACAUCAAAGUGGCCCUCUUCGUUCCGACAAGCUGCUUUCCAUUCCCCCUCCUGAAGCUAACAAGCCUGCAAAUAAUCCACCUCCGAAAGACGCUCACCCUAUCAACGUGGAGCUUCACUCAAAAUAUCUCAAAACUAAAAGCAAUAUAAAAGGAAAGGACGGAAUCCUAGAAUGGGUUGCGGGGACAAAAGGAGCUGCGGCGUUGAUAGAUGAAAAAGAAGAGCCGGCUAAAUCCAAAGUUUUUGAAAACAGUGCGAAGCGGUCACCAUCAGAAGAGAAACAGCCAAUUUUGCUAGAUAA